AUGACAAGUGUUAACAGCUUUAACCUAAAAGAGAGUAGAUUUAGAUUAGAUAUAAGGAAGAAAUUCUUCACCCUGAGGAUGGCCUCCCCAUUCUCUUUACCUUCCCGAUCACUGCUCCUCACACCCACAACACCCACCGCCUUUCCAACACCCUCUCUUCCAGGCACCCUCCACACCACAGACAUGUCCUGCUACAACCUCUGCAACCCCUGCGGACCCACCCCGCUGGCUAACAGCUGCAACGAGCCCUGUGUCAGGCAGUGCGAGGACUCCCACGUCGCCAUCCAGCCUUCCACCGUGGUGGUCACCCUGCCAGGACCCAUCCUCAGCUCCUUCCCCCAGAACACCGCCGUUGGAUCCUCCGCAUCAGCUGCCGUGGGCAGCAACCUCAGCGCCCAGGGAGUGCCCAUCUCUGGAGGCGGCUUCGGAGGCUUUGGCCUGGGAGGCUUGGGAGGCUAUGGCUUGGGAGGCCUGGGCUGCUUCUCUGGCAGAAGAGCCUGCUACCCCUGCUAAGGACCCACGCCAGGACCCCUGACAGCAGCUAACAAUGCCCUGCAACCAACUUCAUCGACUGAGGAUGCUCUGAUCUCCGUGCUCUGGGAGUACCUUCCACACAAAAUGCGUAGGUGCUGAUGGUCACUGUGCCUGCACCUCUGACCAGGGCCCUGCUGCUUGUGCUCCUUCCUUUUCACGAGUCUUCCUCAAUAAAGUUCUAAUGCAUGCCA